AAGUCGAAAGUAAAAAAAAAAAAAGAGGUGGUUUGGCUCUGCUGAGACCCUGCAGCCCCGCUCAGUGCUCUGGUGGGCUCCUCGUCCUCUCCAUUCAUCACUUCACCUCUCCCGCUGAAGAUGGAUGUGUGCGUUGCCGUGUUGCUCUUGGCGCUCGCACCCCUAGGUGCCGCAUCAGCACCCGACUGUGAAGAUCUGGUCAAACCGUACAUACCAGAGGACUCCACGCUGGUGUUUGGCAAGUGGGUGUACGUGAUGGGGUCCGGGGACCCCAUGCCAUACCGCAAGGCUCUGGACGCGAUGAAGAGCUCCUGGAUAGAGCUGUCUCCCACGCAGGACAGUCAGCUGGUGACCCUGCGUUGGGGCGACCACUGCUAUAACCGCUGCAUCUAUGGAGAGACGAACGGGACAGUCUCAGGAGUUGCGACCACAUUCCGCAAGAAUCUGUCCAACCACAAAGGACAUAUCCUCCACACAUGCCCAGACUGUUUGCUGUGGACGGACACCUUUAGGAAUGGAGAUGCAACUGGAAGAUACAUCAUGCAAUUCACAAGGACGGGUAAAAUGGAUUCGAAGGAUGUUGACAUUUUCAAGAAACAGGUUGAAUGUUUGAACUUCCCGGAAAAUUACCACAGCUAUGAUGGUAAAACAGGUCAGUGCCUUAAUUUACUCCCCUCUUCUUCCCACUCUAUUAAAGUAUGGAUAUAUAUGGUAGAAUCCCUGCUUAUUGCAACCCCUUGGUUACAAGCUCACUUCCCAUGGAAGACCUAAUAUCCUAUGUAACCACAAGGUGGUAAUGUUGAGAGAGAGAUGCACCGUUUCCUUAACGUUCUUCCUUACAGCGAUGAUGUUCUUAGAGUACUGCUAUACAGUAUGCAGAAGAUGGUCAGGAAAUGCCAGUGGAAUAAACAUCCUGUUUGUCCUGUUUCUUCCACAGAGCUGUGCAAAGACAAGGAGCGUACAGAAUAAGCAAGGGUAAAAUGGGGAGCGAUGUGUCUUUAAUACUAGUAGACUAACAAGCAGAACCAGAAGGAAAGUAAAAGUAUAUUUGCUUUGCUUUUAUUGUCAACCAAAUAAUACUAUUUGGGGAUCUCUUGCUAAUAAUUAUACUUAUUAAUAACGGAUUCAAUAAAAAUGUAUAAUUUACAACUUAAUUGUGUCUAU